CGAAAACAAAAAGGAAAUCCUUCAGAUCGCACGAGAUUUGUCUUGCUUUUCCUGCUGGUUGAAACUGUUCCAAUUCCGUACAAAAUGGACAAGGAAGUCGCUGUCGUUCAACGUAAACUGGAAGCUGAGUUGAAGAAUUUUCAAGAUUCCAUAAGAGAAUACUCGAAGCUUGUGCAAACGCAACAGCAACUCGAUGGACAGUACUUCGAAAACAAAAGCAUUUUGGAAGAGCUUCAAAUGCUUAAACCAACCAACACGGUGUACAAACUGUACGGUCCGGUACUGGUGAAGCAAGAUCUCGAAGAGAGCAAGCAAAAUGUCGGAAAGCGUAUCGAGUACAUCUCGAAAGAGCUUAUACGUUGCGCGGAAAAUAUUAGCCAGCUCGAACAGAAGCAGGACAAGUAUCGUGCGAAUCUGCAGAAACUGCAGCAGCAGUAUCAGAGCCAAAAGGCCAUGGCAAAGUAAUAGCUGCAAACAAUCGGAAGUUUCCUAAAUCUUAACCGUGCAAAACACGUAACCAUGCAAUCAUUUCCCGAAUACAAUUAUCCUGCACCUAACAUCAUCUUAACCUAUAUAUUGAACCUGCAGUUACGUUUGUUACGCCGCGUAAACAAAGCAACCCAUGUGGGACACACGUAUUGAUUUAAUACCGCAAAGCAGGUUAUGUGCGCUGGAAAGGGUAUUGUAAUUAUGCAUUAUACGGCCCUUUCGACGCUUUACCGCGCAAAGGGUGAAUAAAAUUUAAUGAUU